AUGCCAUCCAACGACCCUGGUCCCGCCAACGGCAUGUCGAGCAAUGCCACUACCGGUCCUCAAUCUACGAUGCCAUCACUCAUGAAUGGGGUCAAUGGAAUCUCGCAGUCCUAUUGCUAUCCGGAACCUAUUGCUCCAGGCCCUUACAAAGUCCUCGACCAAUAUCACAGCAAGCCGAAUCGUCUCCGCGUGGCAUGUGUUGGAGCCGGGGCCUCAGGUCUCUGCUUGGCCUACAAGAUGGAGAAGAUGCUCGAGCCGGGUUCCUUCGAAUUGACACUCUUCGAAAAGAAUCCGCAUUAUGGAGGCACUUGGUACGAGAAUAUUUAUCCUGGCGUAGCGUGUGAUAUACCCAGUCACAAUUACACGUUUACUUGGGAUCCGAAGCCAGACUGGAGCUAUUUCUUUGCUUAUGGACCAGAGAUACAGGGGUACUUUGAAAGCUUUGCGAAGAGGCAUGGAAGUGAGAGGUACAUGAAGCUGAAUAGCAAAGUGAUAGAAGGCAAGUGGGAUGUGAAUGCCGGGAUAUGGAUGCUGUGAGUUACGAAUGCACGGCAUGAUGAUAGAUUUCAUGAACGAUCUGACAAAUGAGCGAAGCACUGUUGAAGAUCAGCGCACCAAGAAGACCUGGAACGAUUGGGCUCACUGCCUGGUCAACGGAACAGGCAUCUUGAAUAACUGGAAGUGGCCCGACAUCGAAGGGCUCCACGAAUUUGGCGGACCCAAAAUGCAUAGUGCUGCCUGGGAUCACGAUGUCGAGCUAAAGGAUAAGAAGAUCGGAGUUAUUGGGACUGGAAGUACGAGUGUGCAGAUCGUUCCACAACUUCAAAAAAUCGCGAAAGAACUCCAGGUAUACAUGCGGAGCUCUACGUGGAUCAGCCCUCCCUUCGGAGCAGGCGCUCUCACUAGCGUACACAGAGGAAGAAACGUGGAUCCUGGACAGCGGCAAUAUGAAUUUACUGAAGAGGAUAAGAGGCGGUUUCGGGAGAAUCCCGACUUCCACUUGGAAUUCAGAAAGAGUAUCGAAGCCGAGAUCAAUGGUAAGCUUACCGGUCGUCGACUCAGUGACCUUGAGCUAAUCGAUGUCACAGGCCUCUUUGGCAUGUACAAGCAAAACUCAGAACUGUCGAACACGUUUCGCAAAGUCAUCACAGAAGAGAUGAACCGCCGCAUGGGACCCGGCCACGAACAUCUCAAAUCUUUCAUCAUCCCCAAGUGGUCUCCUGGUUGCCGACGCAUCUCUCCGGGCGACGGCUAUCUCGAAGCACUUGUCCAGUCAAACGUCUCCCCGAUCACAACGCCCAUAUCGAAGAUCACGUCAACAGGUAUUCUCACUUCCGACGGACAGCAACACGACUUUGACGUUUUGGUUUGCGCCACAGGCUUUAAAGUUGCUUUCCAACCAGCUUUCAACCUCGUCAACGGAUCUGGUACUUCACUUGUAGACGAUUGGUCCGCGUAUGGUGGUCCAAACCUAUACAUGGGCGUUUCUGCUCCUCGGUUCCCAAAUUAUUUCACCAUCGUCGGCCCUGGCGCGACCUGGUCCAGCGGAACUCUUCUCCCAAGCAUCGAGACAACAAUCGAGUACUCCGUCAAGCUGAUGCGGAAAAUCCAAAAGGAACAUAUCAAGUCCCUGCAAGUAUCACAAGCUGCAUUGGAUGAUCUAUAUGCCCAUUUCGAUGAGUUCCACAAGGACACGGUGUGGCAAGAAGAAUGCCGAAGCUGGUUCAAGGACGGGAAAAAAGAGGGCAGGAUCUACCUUUGGCCAGGCAGUACCAUUCAUUUUCUGAAAACGAUAAAGGAACCUAGAUUGGAGGAUUAUGAGGUUGAAUGGAGGCAUAGGAAUCGUAAGUGCAACUUUGACCUUGCAAAGCGAAUGUGUGUACUGACCUUGCUCUUAGGCUUUGCAUUCUUGGGCAAUGGAGAGGUCAAAGCAACAGCCAGUAGAGACGUUCAAGGAUUGAGCACUUACAUGCGUAGUAGCGAUCAUGAAUGGAAUGUUGAAUAG